GUCUUCCUAUUGGUGGAUUCUGUGUUUACAUCACUAUUGCUGCUUGGGGAUCGUUGUAAAUAUCUCAAAUUAGACACCUAAAAUAAUCGCAUGAUCUUAUUGGUAUAGAAAACCAUAGGCAGAUCUGGCAAAACCGUGAACGAGCGUGGGAAGGUAAAAAAAAGAAAAGCAAAAGUUGUGAAUUUUACUGAUGAUGCGCGAACGAGCGGGAUAUAGAGCCGCUCCGGAAGAAGAUGGCAGCGAAUCUUUGUCUCCAAAUUCGCGAUCACGCGUUAAGUAUCAAGGAAAUCGAUUCUGUAAUGGGAAACUGUGCGCGAUCUUUCUAACUUUAUCCAUUGCUCUUGGUGCAGUUGUCUUGUUCAUUUUCUCUGCAUUCGUCCAUGCAUCAGAUAGCGAAAUUGAAUUUUAUCGUCGAGCCGUGAACUAUGUCACAGGAGAUCGAUUUGCCCGAUCAACAGAGACCGAGAAAGAUUUCCCGCACAAACACAUCCUAUUGCCGAAGGAUGUAAAACCAGAAAGAUAUCAAGUGUACCUUCAUCCAAACUUAUCAAGCUUCGAUUUUCACGGAGGGGUGAAAAUCGAUGUGGUAUGCGAGAAACCGACAAGAAAUAUUCUUCUACAUGUCAAACACCUAAAGAUCACAAGCUAUGGUGUUCAGGAUUCUAGUCGCAACCACCUUCCUGUGUUACGAGUGGCAGAAAGCAAGAAGCUAGAGCAAUAUCUGGUUGAGAUGAAAGAUGAGCUGAAGGAAGGCGAAAAAUACACUGUGAACCUUCAAUUUAAUGGUCAUUUGUCGAACACAAUGACAGGAUUUUACAAGAGUUCGUACAAGACCAAGAGCGGAGAAGUCAGGUACAUGGCAACAACCCAAUUUGAAGCCACGGACGCCCGAGCUGCCUUCCCCUGUUUUGACGAGCCCGAGUUCAAAUCACAAUUUAUCGUCACCUUGGUGCACGAGAAGGGAUACUCAGCCCUUUCCAACAUGCCUGUGGAAAAGGUCAUCACACGUGACGACGGCUUCAUGGAGAGCCACUUUAAGGAGAGUGUCAAGAUGAGUACUUAUUUACUGGCCUUCAUCGUGUGUGAUUUUGCUUACAAGGAAACGCACUCUAAAGCUGGGAAGAAGAUUCGAGUUUGGUCCAGAAAGGAUGCUAUCGAAAGCACGAGAUUGGCCGUCAGUGUGGCAGAGAACGUUCUGAAUUAUUAUGAGGAGUUCUUCAAUAUACCGUACCCUCUGCCUAAGAUGGACCUGGUCGCUGUGCCUGAUUUCGCGGCUGGAGCGAUGGAAAACUGGGGACUACUCACUUUCCGCGAAACUUACCUACUGAGUGACCCGGCCUCUGCCAGCGCCGCUGACAAACAGGAUGUAGCAGUAGUGGUGUCUCACGAACUUGCGCACCAGUGGUUUGGUAACCUGGUCACUAUGAAGUGGUGGAAUGACUUGUGGCUCAACGAAGGCUUCGCUAACUAUGUGGAAUACAUCGGAACGGAUCACUUCCGAAAGGAUUGGAAAGUGCUGGAGCAGUUUGUUGCACACACACUACAGACAGCAUUGUCCGCUGACAGUAUGGCCAACACACACCCCAUAUCCGUCCCGGUCAAGAAUCCCUCUCAGAUCACGGAGAUCUUUGACAGCAUCUCUUAUGACAAAGGUUCUUCCAUUAUUCGUAUGCUUAGAAGUUUUAUUGGAGACAAGAAUUUCCAGAAAGGAUUGGAGCUUUAUCUGAAUCGUCACAAGUAUGCUAAUGCAGCCGCUGAUGACCUAUGGAGCGCUUUGAGUGAGAUCUGCAAGGAUCUCGAUGUAAAAGCUAUCAUGGACACAUGGAUUAAACAGAAAGGGUACCCUGUGGUCUACAUCGCGGAGAAUAGCGCUCAAGCGAGAGAUGGCUCUAAAAAGUUGUUCGCAACUCAGAAACGAUUCUUACGAGACAUUAGACAAGGAACAAAACAAUACGAUGACGAGUCUAAAGGUUAUCAAUGGCACAUACCGCUGACAUAUGUGACGUCGCAAAACCCUCAUAAGCAACAUACGGUGUGGAUGAAGAAGGAGAAUGUUCACGUUCCGUCUGUCAAGAAGUACAAAUGGAUCAAGGCAAACGUUGGACAGACAGGAUUUUAUCGUGUAAACUACAGCAAAAAGAACUGGAACAAUCUUGUCAAACAGCUCCAGAAUAAUCACAAGGUUUUGGCUGCCGUGGAUAGGAGCGGAUUGAUUGAUGAUGCUUUUAACUUGGCCAGGGCUGGCCAACUGGACAUGUCCACUGCAUUGGGGCUGACGAAUUACUUAGAUAAGGAGAGAGAAUACGUCCCAUGGUCCUCUGCUCUCGGUCAUUUGGGUUUCAUUGGGUCAAUGUUGACCAUGCGUCCUUCAUACGGAUUCUACCGGAAAUACAUUGUGAAGAAGGUGAAGCCACUCGAAAAGUACGUGGGAUGGGGAACUGAUGGUGAUAUCCUCAAGAUGUAUCUGCGAAACAAUGUGCUGUCAACAUUAGCCAGCCAUGGUGAUGAACACGCAGUGGAUUACAGUUUGACUGGAUUCAGAAUGUGGAUGAAGAAUCAGAGCCUCACAAUCUCUCCUCAUCUACGGGACAUUGUAUACCAUACCGCUAUUAAGUUCGGUGGACUAGAAGAAUGGGAAUUUAUGUGGGAGAAAUACCAGAACUCCAUUGACGCCACUGAGAAAUCCAGGAUACUGUACGCUUUAACAGGCACCAAAGAACCUUGGCUGUUGAACAGGAUCCUGGAAUCUUCACUUGAUGAAUCAAAGAUCAGAACACAGGACAUGUUGCACGCUAUUUCAGGGGUUGGCUCACAUGUCUAUGGACGCCUUCUGACUUGGGACUUCAUCAGAAAGAACUUUGACAAGAUCGUGAAAAAGAUGGGAAAUGACGCAAUGGAAAUCAGUUAUUUGGUCAACAUCGCCAGCCGAGGAAUGAACACAGAGUUCCAACUUCAAGAGUUCAAGGAUUUUAUCAAUCAACACAAAGAUACAGUGGGUUCCCUGCGCGCGACAAAGAAAUCAUUGGAGUACAUAGAGGGUUGUAUUAACUGGAUGAAAAAUCAUGGGAAGAAAGUUGAAGACUGGCUCCAAUCCCAAGUGGAUUCCCUCAGCAGUAGACUGGAAGAUCUCUGAGAAAAACGAAAGAUUUACAACAGUACACCUUAGUGGUAUCUCAAAAAACUGUGGCUGUUUCCGAGCUACUUUUUAGUUAAACCUUUGGGAUUUACCUUCAUGCAUACUUUUAAGAUAAGUGAGUGUCACAGUCAUUCUUCAUGAAUGUGGUGCAUUCCCCUCCUAUAUUUUAAACGGAAACGUUUGUACAGAGGAAACCCACUUUGUGAAGCUAACAUUUGUCAAAAGAAGGUCUUUCCUUUACGAAGUGGUCUUUAUUUGUUAUGAUCCCUCCUCACUGGUAGUCAAUUUCCUAUCUAUAGCUUCCCCUUUAACUUCUGUCAGAGAAGACUUAUACCCCCCGUUCCCCCCGAAAACAAUGUGAUAACCACCCUCCACAUUAAAAAAACCUCCAACCAUUUCCCUCGGCGAUAAAUAAUGAGCGGUCCAUUACCUUUUAUCUCCACAUUUUCUCACUCGUUGGCCUCUGUAUCUUUGCCUCGACACAAAUACAUCAGGGACACGCUCCAUGUGGAACUAUAUUUUGUUCUGCUACUUUUGAAGGAUUAGCAGCUGGUCCAUGUCAACAUUAUUAUACAGGUGUGCAGGUGGAGCAGGGGUGAUGUAUCACCCCCCAUCAGUACGAAUAAAUACGUAGGAAUGUAAAAGUGAUGUUUCAUACAGGUAAUAAAGUGGUAUUAAACUGCUAGACUACAGUGGUUAACUUUAAGGUUGGAAAUUGUGCACUAUAUUAUAAAAAUUCCCUUUAACAUGAAGUAGUUAGACUUUUCGGCGAAGCUUUUGGUAACGCUACCUAUGGAAAUAAAAACGUGUCAUUAUUUUCACGAGUAAAUAAAGCGAUUAAAAGAAGACAA